CGAGCCCUGGCCGCGACCGCCAGUCGGCGCCGCCCGGAGCCGGGAGCGCGGCUCCAGCGAGGCGCGGGCUGUGGGGCCGCCGCGUGCCUGGCCCCGCUCGCCCGUGCCGGCCGCUCUCCCGCCAUGCCUGGUUUCGACUACAAGUUCCUGGAGAAGCCCAAGCGACGGCUGCUGUGCCCACUGUGCGGGAAGCCCAUGCGCGAGCCUGUGCAGGUUUCCACCUGCGGCCACCGUUUCUGCGACACCUGCCUGCAGGAGUUCCUCAGUGAAGGCGUCUUCAAGUGCCCUGAGGACCAGCUUCCUCUGGACUAUGCCAAGAUCUACCCAGACCCCGAGCUGGAAGUACAAGUAUUGGGCCUGCCUAUCCGCUGCAUCCACAGUGAGGAGGGCUGCCGCUGGAAUGGGCCACUACGCCAUCUACAGGGCCACCUGAAUACCUGCAGCUUCAACGUCGUUCCCUGCCCUAAUCGCUGCCCCAUGAAACUGAGCCGCCGUGAUCUACCUGCACACUUGCAGCACGACUGCCCCAAGCGGCGCCUCAAGUGCGAGUUUUGUGGCUGUGACUUCAGUGGGGAGGCCUAUGAGAGCCAUGAGGGUAUGUGCCCCCAAGAGAGUGUCUACUGUGAGAAUAAGUGUGGUGCCCGCAUGAUGCGGCGGCUGCUGGCCCAGCAUGCCACCUCUGAGUGCCCCAAGCGCACUCAGCCCUGCACCUACUGCACCAAGGAGUUCGUCUUUGACACCAUCCAGAGCCACCAGUACCAGUGCCCAAGGCUGCCUGUUCCCUGCCCCAACCAGUGUGGUGUGGGCACUGUGGCCCGGGAGGACCUGCCAGGCCAUCUGAAGGACAGCUGUAGCACUGCCCUGGUGCUCUGCCCAUUCAAAGACUCCGGCUGCAAGCACAGGUGCCCUAAGCUGGCAAUGGCACGGCAUGUGGAGGAGAGUGUGAAGCCACAUCUGGCCAUGAUGUGUGCCCUGGUAAGCCGGCAACGGCAGGAGCUGCAGGAGCUUCGGCGAGAGCUGGAGGAGCUAUCAGUGGGCAGUGAUGGCGUGCUCAUCUGGAAGAUUGGCAGCUAUGGACGGCGGCUACAGGAGGCCAAGGCCAAGCCCAACCUUGAGUGCUUCAGCCCUGCCUUCUACACACAUAAGUAUGGUUACAAGCUGCAGGUGUCUGCAUUCCUCAAUGGCAAUGGCAGUGGCGAGGGCACACACCUCUCACUGUACAUUCGUGUGCUGCCUGGUGCCUUUGACAAUCUCCUUGAGUGGCCCUUUGCCCGCCGUGUCACCUUCUCCCUGCUGGAUCAGAGCGACCCUGGGCUGGCUAAACCACAGCACGUCACUGAGACCUUCCACCCCGACCCAAACUGGAAGAAUUUCCAGAAGCCGGGCACGUGGCGAGGCUCCCUGGAUGAGAGUUCUCUGGGCUUUGGUUAUCCCAAGUUCAUCUCUCACCAGGACAUUCGAAAGCGAAACUAUGUGCGGGAUGAUGCAGUCUUCAUCCGUGCUGCUGUUGAACUGCCCCGGAAGAUCCUCAGCUGAGUGCAGGCAGGGUUUGAGGGGAAAGGACGAUGGGGCAUGACCUCAGUCAGGCACUGGCUGAACUUGGAGAGGGGGCCGGACCCCCGUCAGCUGCUUCUGCUGCCUAGGUUCUGUUACCCCAUUCUGCCUCCCCCAACCACCACCCUCAGGUGCCUCCAAUUGGUGCUUCAGCCCUGGCCCCUGUGGGGAACAGGUCUUGGGGUCAUCAAGGGCUGGAAACAAGUGACCCUAGGGCCUGUCUCCCUUCUUGGGUAGGGCAGACUUGCCUUGGUGCCGGUAACACAAUACCCGGACUGAGGUGCCUGCUCAGGUGCUAUGUCCCAAGAGCCAUAGGGGGGUGGGAGUUGGGGAUGGAGAAAGGGUAGGACAAAGAGUCUGUCUUGAGAUCUGAUUUUUUUCCCCUUUCCCUAGCUGUGCCCCCUCUGGUUAUUUAUUUCCUUAGUGCCAGGAGGGCACAGCAGGGGAGCCCUGCUUUUUAAUAAACCUGGAAUUGUAUUUAUUAAUUUGCUUCCAGCCUGACUUACCUGGGUUGGUUAGGGCCCUGGGAGGCUCAACCAAACAAGGCAAAGAAAGGACCAGUCAGAGAAGGGCCGCUGCCUGGGUCUGGCCCCAAGAUCCAGCUCCCCUGCUGGCUCGCCCUCCGAUGGACGCCAGGGGAACUGCAUCGGGCUUUGUGUGAAAGACGGUCCCUGCCGCUGCCCUCUGGCGAUGAAAUGGGGGAGGUGUAUGGCCUGUAUGUUUCGUAAGGCUGGAGUCCCUGGUCAGCCAUACCAGACUAGUGCCUCUGCCCUAGGCAGGUCUUUCUUGGUCUAAUGAUAAUAGGUACUGACACUGCUAAGCACUUUACGUGCAUUAUGAUUUUACUGAAAAGAACUGUCAAGUGAAAUACUUUUCAUCACGAUAACUGGCUUUGUGGGCUCUAGAGAAGAGUUCAUGAGGCAAUGCAUGUUCUUGUCCCAGAGUAAGUGCUUAGUGAAUGCUUUUUAACUCCGAACCCCAGCCGCAUCCAGGGGACUGGAUGUUGAGCACAAGGGGCCUUCAAGAUGUUUAAGGCACUUGGAUUUUCUUCUGUCUCUCAUCGGCCUUUCUUAUGGGCCUCUGUGGGUGUGUGUGAUUAUCUACGUUUCACUGAUGAAACACAGAGGAGUGACUGACUUAUCAAUGAUUCUUCUGCGGGUUUGGGCAGGGCCUGGAUUCUGUUUUAACUCCAGUAGUCCCUAGAAGUUGUAGCUUCCUCUAAUUUUGGCAAUAGGUGUGGGUUGUUGUGCUUGCUUUUGGCAAGUUUCUGAGCGACGUAGGUCCUCCAUUACCCUCACUGGUGAAAGCCAGCUCACCUCCCAGAUUUACUGUAAAGAUUAAAUGAACUGGUC